AUGGACACCAGCGGCGAGCAGAUCGCUUCGAUCCUCCGGUUGUAUGCCGACAAGUUCGGCCCGGCUAGCGGCCUGGACUUCGACGACGCGCUCCGCAUCGCCCUCUGGCUCACCCACGACCCAGGCGUGCCCAGCGGCGUACACAUCACCGCCCUACAGAUGAUCGCCCGGCAGCAGCUCAAGGCCGGCGACGUCGAGGCUGCCGAGCCCAUCCUGCGCGAGACGCUGCGCCUAUGCGACGGUAAAAGCAUUGACGACGACGACGACCGGGCUCGCUUCCUGCAGCAGACCCUUUCCGACAUGGGCUACAUGUACGGUGCCCGCCGCGACCGCGCUCAAAGCGCCCACUAUUAUGGCCAGGCCCUCGACAAGGCCAUCCAAGUGCAAAACACGGCCAACGUCGCGUCGAUUCGUUGUCGCAUCCAGGCCAUGGCCGAUAUCCCGGAGAACCCGACGCUGGCGCUGGCGCAGGCGCAGGCGCAACCGGGCAAUACGACGAGCUCGGCGCUCUGGGCGUUUUGUCGGCCGUACUCUUGA